CCAUGUUCUGAGCGUUGAGGCCGGCGGGCGGGAUGAAGGUGCCGAGGAGACCGAGGCAGACGCCGCUUCUCUCCCGGCUCUGCGUCUGUGGACUCGGUCUGCUCGCAGUCGUCUGGGUGUUGCAUCUCAAUGGCGUUACAGAGCCUCAUGGACCCUCCGGGGACGACGAUGAUGUCUUCUUAUCCAAAAAGGAGGUCAACGCACAGAAAGAUGAUAACAAUCAAUCCUCACACUCUGUUUCUAAAUCUGCCAUCAGCGAGUUUCCCGAAGACAUUUUUACUCUGGAGCAGCGGAGACAGGGAGCGGUCAUCCUUCAUGUGCUCUGUGCUAUCUACAUGUUUCACGCACUCGCCAUUGUGUGUGAUGUUUAUUUCGUGCCAUCACUCGAAAAAGUCUCAGAGAACCUGCAACUCAGCCAGGAUGUCGCUGGCGCUACCUUUAUGGCCGCCGGGAGUUCUGCCCCUGAGCUCUUCACAUCUUUGAUAGGAGUGUUUAUCACAAAAGGGGACGUAGGUGUGGGCACAAUUGUGGGUUCAGCAGUCUUUAACGUCCUAGUCAUCAUUGGUAUCUGUGGCAUCUUCGCAGGACAGCCAAUCUCUCUGAGCUGGUGGCCUUUGUUUCGCGACGCUGCCUUCUACAUCUUGUCCAUCAUUGUGCUCAUCGUGGUGAUCUACGAUGAAAAAGUCCAGUGGUGGGAGACCAUUAUACUGAUCUCCAUGUAUGGAAUAUACAUAAUCAUUAUGAAGUUCAAUGGCUCUCUGUGCAGCCUGGUAGAAAGAUACUGUCACCGGGCAGGUCAGCCAUGUUUGAGCAGCCUGCGACGCGCAACAGCGGUGGGGAACGCCGGAGACUGCGAUGCCGACAUCAUGCCGCUAAAGUCAGAUUCGUGCGCUAUUGUUGGUCAGGACUCAAGGGUGGUGAUGGUGGAUGAGCUGCUCAACCUACAGCCGCACCAGCUCACUUUCUCAGAGGCAAGCCUCCGUCUUCUCAUCACCUCGCAUUUCCUCCCCUACACUCGCCUGCGCAUGGCGGGACGCACGGUCAUCAACGAGAGGCAGAGACUGAUCCGAGCUCAGGUAGGGGCCAAAGACGGCGGAGCUUUGGCGGACGAUGGUUGCGGUGCCGGCAGGCUGUGGGAGAAAGAGAAUGGAUCAGCGGCUGAGGCGGACUGUCAGCCUUUGGAUGUGGGGAGAGAGGCAGGAAAGGAGACAGGGCACGAGGCUGGAAGCGCAGCUCAGGCUAAAGAGGAAGAGGAGGAGGAUGAGCAGGAGGGGGAAGAGGAAGAGAACGCUCCCUUCAAACCUUUCAUCAUGCCAGAUGGCUGGUGCGCUCGUGCGAAGUGGCUGCUCUCCUGGCCAGUGAACCUCUUGCUUCACUGCACCGUGCCCGACUGCACCCUGCCACACUGGGAACGCUGGUACCUGCUCACCUUCCUGGCCUCCACCCUGUGGAUUGCCAUCUUCUCCUACCUCAUGGUCUGGAUGGUGACCAUCAUCAGCUACACACUUGGAAUUCCAGACGUCAUCAUGGGUAUUACGUUCCUGGCGGCUGGCACCAGUGUACCUGACUGCAUGGCCAGCCUCAUUGUUGCCCGACGAGGCUUGGGCGACAUGGCCGUGUCCAACUCCAUUGGCAGUAAUAUCUUUGAUGUGCUGCUAGGCUUGGGCUUCCCCUGGGCACUGAGGACCCUCAUUGUCAGCUAUGGCUCAGUGGUGACAAUCAACAGCAGGGGCCUGGUGUACUCUGUAAUCCUGCUCUUGGCCUCAGUUACACUCACUGUCCUUUGCGUCCAUCUGAACCGCUGGAAGUUGGACCGCAGGCUGGGUCUCUGGCUCGUGCUGCUCUACGUCAUCUUCCUCCUCUGCUCUAUCAGCUUCGAGAGGCUGUAGACUAGAGGACACACAUGCAGGCUUUUUUCACUGGAAUGAAUUUCUCUCCUCACGUCCAGUAACUUCACAUGGUUUUGUAACUCCACUUCUGCACACCACUCAAAAACGUGGAAAAAAAAAAAAAGUUUGUAUUUCUACCAACCCCGAUUCAAAUGAAGUUGGGAUGUUGUGUAAAACGGAAAUAAAAAAUUUGCAAUUCCUUUUCAAACUAUAUUCAACUGAAUACACUACAAAAACGAUAUUUAAUGUUCAAUCAGAUGAAUUUUAUUAGCUGGGUUUACAUGGAGCCUCGUAUUCCGAUUAUAAUCAGUUUAGAAGUCCAAGCCGAAUAAAAAUGCUCUAUAAAAACACCUGUUGGAAAUGAAUGUUUUCAGAUUCCCUUUGCCAAACCUGUCUGUAAAAGUUAAACAAAAAAAAGUACAUUUUCAUCAUGUAAAGUGUGAAUUGGAAUGGUGUCAGGCUGCAUGAAGUUCUGUCUGCGCAUGCUCUGUCUUGCUGUAAAUGCGUGGUGAUGUCAUCGUUUCAGCGCUUGAAAACAUGGCAGCUUGCUUACCAGAGUUGACUGAAAUGUUUUUAAAUACUUGUAACUUGUCUUUAAUCAAGCUGUUGCUUUAAUAAAAGUGUACAAACAUUCACCUAUACUGUGCUAAAUAGACGACCGGCCUCCAUCUAGAUAAAUCACAUGAUGUUUAUGUCGAAUUGCGCAUGUCACCUCUGAAAAAUGGCUGUUAGUGGGCCAUUUAAACGCCCGAUUGGAAUAGAUCACGUCAUGUCACAUGGAAACAGUUGAUCAGAGAUCUUCAGUUGGAAUGAUUUGAAUCAGACUGACAAAAAAAGUAACCUGGCUGUUUUUUUGUGUGUGCAAAUAUUCUCUCAUUUUAAAUUUGAUGCCUGCAAUGUUCUGUGGAACGUUCCAGUUGUUUUGUUUGUUUUUCAGCAUUCCUCAACUUUCCCAGUCUUUUGUUGCCCCUGUCCCAAAUGAGAGAAUAUUUGCAAAAAAUCAAAAAUAAAAUAACAUUCAUCAGUUUGAACAUUAAAUCUCUUUGUGGUACAUGCAUUUGAAUAUACAUUUGCAUUUGAAAAGGAUCUGCACAUCAUUUUAUUCUGUUUUUAUUUACAUUUUACAUACCCCAACUUCAUUGGAAUUAGAGAUUGUACCUUUUGUACUUUGUACUGUGGCAAAGUGUUUAUUAUUUCAUCUUUAUGGGAGUUUCAUGGUAUGUAGUUGCUUCUUGUAGUUUUUUUUUUUUUGCCUAGUUUGUAUCACUCCUUUGAUGUGUUGUACACAACUGGCUGAUCACGCUCUAGAGAUAGUUGCACUAAUCCAAGUGUGUUGGCCUUUGUGCACACGCAGACCUUUUUAUGCUUAGAAAAAUACAAAAGCUUGUUUGAAUGUUUCUGAAUGUCCGUGCCCGGAGGAUGUGCUCGGCUGUGUUGUUGACGGGUAAAUUAAAAUGCUGUGUUAUGUGAAAAUUA